GUUAUUCUCUGUGUGGCGGGUCAAUUCUCGAACGGCGUGACAUAGACUAGUUUUUUGAUUGAAUUUACACAUAAAAAAAGAUAUGGAUUCUCAAGAAAAGACAUGUGACCCACAUGGAGCAAACUACUUGGAAGAAAUGGAAAAACCUCAAAUAACCCACACAGCCUUCCCAGUUGAGUCUGAGCUAAGAAAGCACCAAACAGUCCUCACCGAAGAGAAACCAUUCAUUUGUGAUAUUUGUGGAAAGAUCUUCUCUCUCAAAGAGUCGCUGAAAGAUCAUCAACGGGUCCACACUGGAGAAUUCUUUUUCAUUGAACCUAAAUUGGAAGCUCAUGAUGGUGUUGGUACCGAAGAGAAACCAUUUGUUAGCGACAUUUGUAAAAAAACUCUUGUUCGAAAAAAACCUCUUAAGACACAGUGGCUGAGAAGUCACAAAGGAGAGAAACAACUUGGUUGUGAAAUUUGUGGAAAAGCGUUUGCUCGAAAAGGUGCCUUAAAUAGGCACAUGCGAGUUCACAAAGGAGAGAAACAACGUGGUUGUGAAAUUUGUGGAAAAGCGUUUGCUCGAAAAGGUGCCUUAAAUAGGCACAUGCGAGUUCACACUGGAGAGAAACCAUUUGUUUGUGACAUUUGUGGAAAAGCGUUUGCUCAAAAAGGUGUUCUAAAUAGGCACAUGGGUGUCAACACUGGAGAGAAACCAUUCGGUUGUCAGAAACCUUUUGUUUGUGACAGUUGUGGAAAAGCAUUUAAUAAACAAUGCCGUCUAAAUGUACACAUGCGAGUUCACACUGUAGAGAAAUCUUUUGUUUGUGACAUUUGUGGAAAAGCAUUUGCUUUAAAGAGAGUUCUAAAGGUACACCAGCAAGUUCACACUGGAGAGAAACCAUUUGUUUGUAAAAUUUGUGGAAAAGCAUUUGCUCAAAAAGGCGUACUAAAUAGGCACAUGGGUGUCAACACUGGAGAGAAACCAUUCGGUUGUCAGAAACCUUUUGUUUGUGACAGUUGUGGAAAAGCAUUUAAUAAACAAUGCCGUCUAAAUGUACACAUGCGAGUUCACACUGUAGAGAAAUCUUUUGUUUGUGACAUUUGUGGAAAAGCAUUUGCUUUAAAGAGAGUUCUAAAGGUACACCAGCAAGUUCACACUGGAGAGAAACCAUUUGUUUGUAAAAUUUGUGGAAAAGCAUUUGCUCAAAAAGGCGUACUAAAUAGGCACAUGGGUGUCAACACUGGAGAGAAACCAUUCGGUUGUCAGAAACCUUUUGUUUGCGACAGUUGUGGAAAAGCAUUUAAUAAACAAUGCCGUCUAAAUGUACACAUGCGAGUUCACACUGGAGAGAAAUCUUUUCUUUGUGACAUUUGUGGAAAAGCAUUUGCUAGAAAUUACGGUCUAAUUUUACAUAUGCGAGUCCACACUGGAGAGAAAUCAUUUGUUUGUGCCAUUUGUGGAAAAGUAUUUGCUGAAAAAGGGGUUCUAAAGGAACACAAGCAGCAAGUCCACACUAGAGAAAGACCAUUUGUUUGCGACGUUUGUGGAAAAGCAUUUGUUUUUGAGAAUAACCUUCUGAAACAUCACCAAACUCACUCUAAAAAUAAACCAUCUGUUUGUGAUAUUUGCGGGAAAGCAUUUACUCGUAAGGGGAAUCUUACGGAACAUCUCAAAAUUCACACUCUAGAGAAAUCAUUUGUUUGUGACUUUUGUGGAAAAGCAUUUACUUCCAAGCGUUAUCUUAACGAACAUCACAAAAUGCACACUCUAGAGAAACCAUUUGUUUGUGACAUUUGUGGAAAAGCAUAUUUUUUCAAACGCUUGUUUAAGAGACACCAACAAGUCCACAGUGGAGAACAGCCAUAUGUUUGUGAAAUUUGUGGGAAAGCAUUUACUUAUAUAGCUUAUCUUAAUGGACAUAAAAAAACUCACACUGUAGAGAGGUCAUUUGUUUGCGACAUUUGUGGAAAAGCAUAUACUUGUAAGCGUUAUUUAACCGAACAUCACAGAUCUCACACUUUAGAGAAACCUUUUAUUUGUCACAUUUGUGGAAAAACAUUUGUUCAAAAGAGCAGUCUAAGUACUCAUUGUAGAAUCCACACACGAAAGAAACCUUUUAGUUGCGACAUUUGUGGAAAAGAAUUUUCUCAAAAAGGGACUCUAACUAAACACCAGCUAAUCCAUGCUGGAGAAAAAGUUUUGUUUGUGAUGAAUACAAACAAUAAACAAAAACAAUAAUAUUGAAAUAACCAUUAUAUAAAAACAUUCCUUUAUUUUACUCUCAUCAUUGUUAAAAUGUUAAAUUUAAAAAAACGCUGAGCAAUUUGUGCAUGUGGUUGAUUCCUCACUACAAUUUGAUAACAAAUUUUGAGUAAAAAGCCGUGGGCCUACACUCAUGAAGCUGCUCAAAGACAAUGUACACUAUUGUUGUGCUUAGCCUCUUUUGUGCUUUUAAAGACACUACUGGACACUAUUGGUAAUUGUCAAAGACCAGUCUU